AUGUCUAUUCAAUUCGUUAAAUCGACUAAAGAUUUUGAUGAUUAUUUGAACCAAAAUAAAUAUUUAAUGGCGAAUUUUACAGCUGAAAGUUGGUGUGGACCUUGUCGACAAAUAAAGCCAUUAAUAGAUCAAGCUUAUUCAAAAUUUCCAAAUGUUGAGAUUAUUAGAGUAGACUUAGAUUCACACAAGGAUUUAGCAAGAAAAUAUACAGUUACUGCUGUACCAACAUUUAUAUUUUUUGAAUCAGGAAAGGAGAAAUCAAGAGUCAAAGGUGCCAAUGUUGAUGAAUUAAUGACUACUUUAUCAUCAUUUAAUCAGCAAGCUCAAGGAGAAACAAGAAAAGGAAAUGGAUCAACUGCUGAAUCUGCAUCUUCAGUCACAAUUAAUUCAGAAGAAUUAAAAGAAAUUAAAGAGUUGAUACCAAAAGGAUUUGAUAUUUUAAAUUCACAUAUAGAUUAUGGAUCAUUUGAAGCACUUAAUGCUAAAAGUCUAUAUGAGAAUUCCGAAAUUAAAGAUGUUUUAAAACUUGAUAAAAAAUCAGGAAGUUCAAUUAUAUCAGAUUCAGAUUCUCAAAUAUUAUUACUGAUUACAUUUUUAAAUAUAUCUAAAAUCUAUUCAAUUUUAAUUAAAUUGAAUAAAAAUAUCUCAAAAGAUAAAAUAACAAUAGAUGAAGAAGAUUUAGAAGAAAUUCAACAACCUAAUUUAAUAAAAAUAUGGCCAAAUACUCAAAAUAUAUUAUCAUUUGAAGAUGCUUCAUCUGAUUUAAAAGCUCCUCAUAUUGAAAAAUUAACCACAGAACCAGACUCACAAUGGAUUGAAUUAAAAUUAAAAUAUGUAAAAUUUCAAAAUGUUCAAAAUUUAACAAUUUUUAUUGAUGGUGAUGAUGAAGAUUAUCAUACAAUCGUUGAAAAAAUUAUAAUAAUAGGAUUAAAUGGUGAAUCCAAAGAACAAAAAAGUUUAGCAUCGUUAGAACAAGAAGAAUAG